CUCUACUUAGCUUACUUCGCGAGCCACAUCCCGAUCACGAUGUUCAUCGACUCGCAGGCGCUGCUGCCGCGCGCGCUCUACCCGCACAUCGCCGCGAAGUUGUUGGAUUUUCACGUCGAAACGAACGGCGACUUCUUGAUGGGCGCGCCGCCGACCUGGUUCCGGAGCCUCAUCCUCGUCGAGGUCGUGCUGCAGCUGCCGUUCUUCUUCGUCGCGUGUCGAUCGCUCCUCGCGAAGACCGAGGCGCGCCUCCGCUGGGCGUUCGUCGCCUACGGUUCGCACGUCGCGACGACGAUGGUGCCCAUCCUCGGCGAGAUCCUGCUCCGCGCGGACGCGGCCGCGGCGACGCGCGCGCGCCUCGCGCUCAUCUACCUGCCCUACCUCGUCGUGCCGCUCUGCAUCGUC